UUUUCUUUUUCCUGUAAAAUUCCCAUUCUGAAAUGCUAUCCAAUGAAGUGCAAUCAAAAGCAUAGACUUAUGCAAAUUUCUUUCAUAAUUUUACUAGUUUUGGUAUUUGCAUGUGGCACUCGUGCAGACGACAAUAACGAGGAGGAAACCGUGAUCGAAGAUUUUUUCAUAUGCCGCACCUGUGGAAAUGAUGUUAGCGUAGCAAACCUAGCCUUUGACAAAUAUAGCCCCUUGGCACUUAGCGCUACGAACCACACAUUUACCGACACCCGUUCCGUUCUGGUGCAGGAAGUACAAAAUCCGCUCGGAAUACGGUUUCACAUCUUUCUCGUAAAGCAAGCGUCCUGUGCAAAGAUUCAUCCGUGGACACACAAGUCGACGUGGUUUCCUGGUUACGCUUGGAAGGUUUGUGUGUGUCCCAAGUGCCAUACUCUGCUUGGGUGGAUGUUCGAACCUGUCGUGAGUGCAACGGCCGAGCAAAGUUUCCCAUCGGACGCAGGUUUCUACGCUCUCAUCUUUCAAAAUAUUAUCACCGAAGGAUACGUAAACUCAUUGCUUAUGAAAGAGAAAGUGCUGCGCGAUAACUACUGACCCACACACACUGCUGCUAACGAAACAG